UACCGAACAAAUCCAUCGCAUUCAACACACUCCCAGGAGCAUCAUGGUGCCAAGUGAGCUCAACGCGUUGAAGGCCCAUGAAGAGCAGACGUGGACGGGGCUUGAGCUGCUUGUAUGCGCUGUCCUACAGCUGAUCCUUGUCUUCCUUGCGUACCGCCUUGACCGAUCGACUGCCCAGCAAUGGUUUAUCCCUGAAUCGGCGUGUGCCAUCUUCUUUGGCCUCUGCUUUGGUGUGGUGCUCAAGUUCUUCACGCCCGUUCAGGAUGAUGCCAUGGGUCUGAAUCCGCAAGUGCUGUUCUUUGGCCUGUUACCUCCCAUCAUCCUCGAAGCCGGCUUCAACAUGAAGAAGCGGGGUUUCUUCUCCAACUUUUCGACCAUCUUGCUUCUCGCGAUAGUUGGAACUCUCGUCGCGACUUUCGUCACAGGAGGAGCGCUCAUUUGGCUCGGUCACCUCGGGUGGAUCACGUCGCUGACGCCUGCGGAAGCAUAUUUGUACGGGUCGCUUAUCUCGGCCGUGGACCCCGUUGCGACUCUCUCGGUGUUCAAAAAGUCAGAUGCUCCGCCCAUGCUGUUCAAUCUCGUGUUUGGGGAAAGCGUGCUGAACGACGGCGUCGCUAUCGUUGUAUUCACGUUGUUUCAAGAAUCGAUUCGCCAGGGCGUGCAUGAGAUCAACUCGCACGCCGCAUCCAAUGUCAUCCUCCAAGUGAUUGUCAUCUUAUUUGGGUCGAUCUUGCUCGCUGCCGUAGUCUGCCUCCUCUCAGCCUUCCUGCUCAAACAUGCCGAUCCAGCGCUGCAGCUUUACCCGACCUACGAGAUCUCGAUCAUUCUUCUCUCUGCUUACAUCAGCUACGUCGUCGGCGACCUCGCAGGGCUGAGCGGCAUCGUCGCGCUCUUCUUCAGCGGUGUGCUGAUGAGCCACUACCACCUGACCACGAUCAGCCAGGAAAGCGCAACUGCUCUCAAGCACCUCCUCAGCACGCUCGCGUUCCUCGCCGAGAACUUUAUCUUUUUGUACUUGGGGGUGUCUGUUGUGGCGUACUCUGGCGCGUUCAAGUGGGACUGGGCCUUCAUCGGGUGGCAAUUGGUCAUUCUCGUCGUGGCGCGGGCUGCCAACACGUUUCCCCUCUGCGGCCUCGCCAACGUCGGGCGAAAGGAGCAGAUUCCGCUGUCGGUACGUGUGUCCCGCCAUCUCGUCUGGAAUGUUGUGCAUUGAUGCGUAACGUCGAUCCUGACUUGCCUUACUCGACGCUGCCGACGUAGUACAUGGUCGUCAUUUGGUUUUCCGGCCUUCGUGGCGCAAUCGCGUUUGCGCUGGCGCUGAAUGUGUGGACGAUCCACUCGGACCAUGCUGGCGUGAUCAAGAGCAGCACACUGUUUACUGUGAUGAGCACAACUUUGGUACACACUUCCGCCACGAGUUGGAGUCAUCGUGCGGGUUGUGAUGCGCGUAGGUGUUUGGGAUGCUGACGGGCCCGCUCCUCACGACUUUAGGGCUUGCGAAAACGUCCAUGAUUCUAUCGCUUCGCCCAGAAGCGGUCAAGCUCUUGGACGAGACCGAUACGGAAGAGACGGACGAUGACGACGCGUCGACGAUGCGACGGCGCCAUGGUGGCGACAUGUCCACGAAUGGCGGUGGCAUGCAGGGGCUGUGGACGUCAGUGGACGAAAAGUACCUCAUGCCGUUCUUUGGCCAUCGCAGCGACCCGACCGAUAAAGCUCCUCGAGAGGGAUCGCAAAGGGGCAGUAAGGGCCGCAUGUAACUUAACGGAUAUAUUGGUGAUCGAACUGGAUCAUCCAAGUGGCGUUGCCGCUGGUUAUCGUCAGGCUAACGUCGGCUCGAACUGCGGCACCAUGUUUAUAGUGGAUCGCGCGAGUCUUUCCAACAUCUCAAGACAAGAUGGCAUUCGGGGGAAGGGUUUUUGGGCGGGUCAACGCGAGCGGAAAGGCACGGCAUGGCUUGCUACGGGCGGGAAGGCUGCAACGAAAAGCUCCGCAGGGGUUGUCGGGGAGGCUAGGGAUGGGCCGUCGUAGAAAAUCCUUUUUUGUGGGCACGAGUGGGGGGGGGGUAGAGGUUCCGACAGGUCGGCAAUGGGUUCACCGACCAUCGGCAUCGAUUGACGCCACUCACAUGUACAGCGUCCGCUUGCAGAGCGGAAUGGGGCAAUGGGGGUCGAGGCAGUCCUUCUCGUGUUCGUCCACGAUCGACUUCCACAAUUUGCACGCGCCACACCCCGACCGGUCAUGCGAUGCUGGCUGAGACGUCAGAUGGGUGCGGACCUUGCUUACGAAUCCUGAUGUGGACUGGCAAAGUUUGUUGGAGCACCCGUCCGGGCAUUGCGCGACAUGGACGAGUCCGCGCAAGACAGAUUGGAGUUUCUCGGACUGGAGUGGUGGUGGCGUUAGUUUUGGCGCUUGUUGCUGGGGCUGUUCAUGCUGUGACAGGCGACUUGGUUGCUGGGGACAUUGCUGGUGCGGUGGGUUCUGUGGGAUGUUUGUGGGCGGGACGUCCUGAAUGAUGUCGAGAGGUCGCUUCUUCAAGACGAGGACCACGGGGUUGAUUUUAGGCAAGCUCAGUCUGGGUAGCGUGGCAGGGUACUGAGGGUGUGCGGCAGACGAUGGGUACGGCAACGUUGGAAAUGAAGCGGACUUGCUGCCUUCGACGACAGCUCGUUUCUUGUUCGCGGGGGAGGCAACAGCGUCUCCGUCAUCGUGCUGUUGGUUUUCAUCAGGCAGGAAUCGUUUAGGACGCAGUAAUCCCAUGCACGGGGUUACCACAAGGUCCUCGGUGGCGCUGGAUGCUUCCUGUGGACCUGUCGACGGCGAUGGACCGCGGCGAUUGCCCAAUGCGCUCAUGCGAUCGAGACACCUGACCUCCACAA